UAAUAAUCCCCACAUCACAAGCCUCUGCCAUCCUAACGUCCUGCCAGUCAGUCAAGUCCAUCUACCUCACCCAGCACAACAUUUUAUUUCUCUCGAGAAAGCAUUUUAAGAAAUUUAAAUUAAAAUCCGUCCCCUCAAAAUGUUGCCAGUCACCCGUCCCAUUUUGGCCCUACUUGUUGUUCUCCUCUCGAUCGGGGCGCAGGCUACGAAGACCCGCACAAUUUCCGCACUCGAGCUUUUAGCUAGUGCGAAGGUUUUGCAAAAUGCGAUCGGCUCCUUGGACGAUGCUGGAUGGACGGCGACGAUGCAGCCCGAGGACAAUUUUGGCGAGGCAAAAAUCAAACAAUUCGAGGGGUUCGAAGGUUUGAGGGGUGCGGUCGAUGUGCUCCCAGGGAUUAAAGGAUUGGACGGAGUGGACGACGUGGCUAACGAAGAAGAGCAAACUGCGUCAAAAUCUGAGGUAACAUCAACCGAGGAGCUCUCCCCCCUUCAAGAGUGCAGAGAACCAGCGAUUGAGGAAUUUCCGAAAGAUUUAUUUACCAAGGCUCAACUGCAAUCUGGCUGGAUAACGAUACAUAUUUUAGUCACCAUUUACCUCUUCUACGCCCUUGCAAUUGUUUGCGAUGACUAUUUUGUCCCCUCCGUGGAAAUUAUGGCGAAAGCGUUAAAUAUUCCAAGUGAGAUUGCCGGUUGUACAAUUCUUGGUAUAUCGAACUCUUCACCGGAACUUUUUACCAAUAUUAUCGCUACCUUCGUGGCUAAGGGAGAUCUUGGCAUUUCAUCGAUCGUGGGUGCAUCCGUGUUUAACCUCUUCGCAGUAGCUGCUUCAAUUGGGAUAAUUUGCAGAAAGAACGGCGCUAAAAUCGAGUGGUACCCAUUAUCCAGGGAUUCUUUAGUCUAUAUCAUAUCCGUGGGAGUUUUGGCCUUAAUUUUAGGUGACAACCAUGUUCAUUGGUAUGACGGGUUAGUCCUCGUCCUCAUGUAUUGUGCCUAUAUUGUUGUUAUAAUUUUCAACAAAAGGACUCACGCCUUUGUAAAAAGUAUGCUUCGACGUGUCAAGUAUUGUUGCCAAGGGAAGCGAGGGAAAACUCGGAACUGCAUGACUACCGUUUCCACUUUAAACAGUUUAAACAGCGUGAUCAGCAGUCCCAGCAAGUUGGAUGAAGAAGAAGAUGAAGAACAACCAAUUCCUGAAGAAUUUGAUGAAGCAACAAUGCCAAUCUGGCCACUUCCAUACGGCGAGUCGUACUUCUACUGGGCCAAGUUCAUCAUCGGCUGGCCAAUCCGACUCGUAUACAAGGGCACCGUGCCCGACUGCAAAAUACCCACUGUUCGAAAAUGGUUUCCCGUCACUUUGUUUGCCUGCAUCGUUUGGAACACGAUUCUUUGUUACUUGCUCGGCUGGAUGGUUACCGUGAUAGGUUGGACUUUUGGAAUUCCGGACACUGUCAUGGGCAUCACGCUCUUCGCCAUGGGGACAUCUGUACCACAAGCCGUUUCUUCCAUUAUAGUUGCAAGACGGGGAAUGGGAACCAUGGCAAUGAACAAUGCCAUUGGGUCAAACAUUUUCAACAUUUUGGUCUGUCUGGGUGUCCCGUGGAUGAUUCAAACUCUAAUACUUGUCGGAGAUUCGACCGCCAACGAACGCUAUAUCGUCAUGAGUUCGCGCGCCCUGGGUUACACGGCGUUCAUCCUGAUCGGCUGCAUGGUCGGUCUCUACGUUACGAUCGCCCUCAACAGAUUCACGAUAGAUUUAAAAGUCGGCCUUGUCGCUUUAGGCAGCUAUGUCAUCGCGAUUACUUUGGCAUCCCUGUUUGAACUUAAUGUCUUUAUGGAUGUCAACCUCCCAUUGUGUAAAGACUAAGAGGUUUACUUAUUAAUUUAUUUCAUGUUAGAAAUGUUAUAGUUGUAUUUUUAAAUUGCUUAAUUUUCGUGAGUGGAUGAGAGUGAGGUCAAGAUAAACGCUGUAUGGUUAAAAAUCUGGCAAUAAAAAAUAAUUUACUGGUCAGCGGUUAGCUGAUACAUUUGAAAAUUUAUGAAAACUA